GCAGCUGUUGUUUGGUCUUAAAAUCAGACUCUCUUGAAUUCACUCUUAUAUUACUUUCGCUUCUCGCGACUUCUAGAGUUAGCGUUUGUUUAAUUCACGAGUUAUCCUUUUAUUCCUGCAAUUCGAGAAGUGAUCAUCAUCGCAGGUUAGGUUGGGAUAUUUUUAAGAAGAUACAAUAAUGGCUGGAGUACUAGCUGGGGAAUGCUCGUACGGUGAGAGUGGAGUUUCAUCUCACUCAAGGAAUUCUCAUGAAAAGCAAGACGAGGUUUCCCGCUGGUACUUUGGAAGGAAAGAAAUAGAAGAAAAUUCACCCUCGAGGUUGGAUGGUAUUGACUUAAAGAAGGAAACUUACCUCCGCAAAUCCUACUGUACAUUUCUCCAGGACUUGGGAAUGAGAUUGAAAGUACAAUUGCAACUGUAUGUAUGUUCCUUGCUGGAAAAGUCGAGGAAACUCCACGGCCCUUGAAUAACGUUAUAUAUGUAUCCUAUGAGAUAAUAAACAAGAAGGAUCCUGGUGCUGCCCAGAAAAUCAAGCAAAAGGAAGUAUAUGAGGAACAAAAAGAACUUAUAUUAAACGGAGAAAAGAUAGUACUUUCUACACUAGGUUUCGACCUCAAUGUUCUUCAUCCGUAUAAACCCCUUGUAGAAGCAAUAAAGAAAUUUAAGGUUGCUCAGAAUGCUCUCGCUCAAGUUGCGUGGAAUUUUGUCAACGAUGGUCUGCGGACAUCACUCUGCCUGCAGUUUCAGCCUCAUCACAUUGCGGCUGGUGCAAUCUUUCUUGCGGCCAAGUUCCUUAAAGUCAAGUUACCAUCAGAUGGAGAGAAGGUUUGGUGGCAAGAGUUUGAUGUUACCCCUCGACAACUGGAGGAUGUUAGCAACCAAAUGCUUGAGCUUUAUGAGCAAAACCGUGUCCCUGCUUCUCAAGGAAGCGAAGUAGAAAGUAGUGUAGGUGGAGGGUCAGCUCAUCGUCCCGCAGGGUCUAGAAAUGCUGUCUCAACCGAUGAGCAUGUUGGUUUUAGGCAAGCAUCAGCACGAUCAAGCCAUGAACAUUCAAACUCUGAUAAUCAUGGGCGUUCAUCAAAAGGCGGUUACAAUGAUAAUGGGGAUGCUGAGGCAGCUAAUGCCAGUGCCAAUCACAAAGUGGAGGUAAAGAGAGAAAGAAAAGAAAGCCCGCAUCAGGAAAACCAUCCAGCUACUGAGGACAAUGUCAGAGAAGCCCCCCAUAACUCUAGACCGUUAGCUGAGGGAACUGGGAAGGAUAAUUCAGAAAGAGAGAGUGGAGAGCUUCCAGAUGAUGGCGCUGUUCAUAAAUCUAGGAAUGUUGAAACAGGUGUUGUCCCAAUCGGCCAAUCUCCAAAAGACUUGAAAUUACUCAGAGAUAAGGUGAAGGCUAAACGAGAGAAGGCUAAGAAGUUGCUAGGUGAAAGAAUGUUGAAAAAGGAUUUGGUGGAUGAAGAUGAUUUCAUUGAAAGAGAGUUGGAAGAUGUGGAAGUAGCUGUUGAGGAUAAAAAGGACAAGCAAAGGCGAAAGGCCGAGAACUCUGAUCUCAUGGGUACAGAACAUGGGGGAAUGAAAAAUGCAGAAGAAGGUGAAAUGGUAAACGAUGUGUCUCAGAUGAUGCAUAGCAGAAAGAGAAAAAUGGGAAGCCCUCCUGAGAAGCAGUCAGAAGGAAAGAGACGCCAUAGUAGCGAGAACGGUGAAGAAAGCCCCAAGUCGAGCAGAGGUGGUAGUAGUAGUCAUCAUGGUGAUAGAGAGCACAGAAGACACUCACAAGAGAGGUAAUGAAUUAUUAAAACUGCUACUCUUUCAUUUUAUGGUCUUUCUAAGACCUCUGGCACUUCGAGUUCGAUGAUGCCUAACCAUGCCUACAUGGGGUAGGUUCAGUCCUUGGAACCAUGCUCGCUGUAUUUUAUGUUUGAUUAUAUAUCUAUUUGUGCCAUUUUGCACAAUCCCAACGGCUUGAAUGAGGACUCAUCAUCCUAAAAGGAUGUUGAGAAGCUAAUAAGGUGUUCCUUCUAAUAAGAUUAUGGCAUUAUCCUCUGCUUUUUAUUUUUCUGUCCAACGGUUUGAUUCUGCUAGGCAACUUCAUACUUUCAUUUGCUUCCAUUUGGUUUAUAUAUAUAGCUCAUUCGGGAAACUUGUCAUAGGGAAGAUUGUGUCAAGUCCACAAUCACUUUUGUUCACUUCUUUAUACUCUUACAUUGCUCAAAUAAGUUUUCUUUUGAUAAGAUUCUCCAAAAUAUUUGUUAUUACAAUGACAUUUCAUUUCCCC